AUCCACCAAUCUCGUGUAUCGCAAACCUGCUAAAGCCAAAGUCAAACCAUAGAUACCAACCAAAGAAGUUCACCAUUCUGCCGUCGCCUUUUCUUCUGCCGUCUUCUUCGCCUACUUAAUUCCACCUGAUCCUAUUUAAUUUGAUCAGCGACUCGUCCACUCGCCGAAUACCACACACUCUCCGACCAUCCCAUCUCAUCUACGAAUUUGGACAAGAUGGCCAAGGAGACGAAGCUCUACGAGGCCCUUGGUGUUGCGCCAACUGCGACAGACCAAGAACUCAAGAAGGCAUACAAGACAAGUGCAUUAAAGUGGCAUCCUGAUAAGAAUGCCCACAACCCUGCUGCUGAAGACAAGUUCAAGGAGAUUUCACAUGCAUACGAAAUCCUAUCCGAUCCUCAGAAGCGCCAGGUCUACGACCAAUAUGGUGAGGCUGGCCUCGAGGGAGGUGCCGGUGGUGGUGGUAUGGCCGCCGAAGAUCUCUUCGCCCAGUUCUUCGGCUCCGGUUCCUUCGGUGGCGGCAUCGGCGGCAUGUUUAGUGGAAUGGGCGGGGCCCCUCGUGGCCCCCCCAAGGCACGAACUAUUCACCACACACACAAGGUAUCUCUAGAAGACGUUUACCGAGGCAAGAUUUCUAAGCUUGCACUACAACGUUCUGUAAUCUGCAGCAAAUGCGAAGGCCGAGGAGGCAAGGAAGGCGCAGUGCGACGCUGUCCUGGCUGUGAUGGUCAUGGUAUGAAAACCAUGAUGCGACAGAUGGGUCCCAUGAUCCAGCGCUUUCAAACGGUUUGCCCUGACUGUAAUGGUGAGGGUGAGAUUAUUAAGGAGAAAGACCGUUGUAAGGGUUGCAACGGAAAGAAGACCGUCGUCGAUAGAAAGGUACUUCACGUCCACGUUGAUCGCGGUGUUAGAAGUGGCACCAAGGUCGAGUUCAGGGGUGAAGGCGACCAGGCUCCAGGUGUCCAAGCCGGUGACGUUGUCUUCGAGAUCGAGCAGAAGCCUCACCCUCGAUUCACCCGGAAAGAGGACGAUCUAUUAUACCGCGCCGAGAUCGACCUUGUUACUGCCUUGGCUGGUGGCACAAUCUACAUCGAGCAUCUGGAUGAUAGAUGGCUGAGCGUCGAGAUUCUACCCGGCGAGGCCAUUGCACCAGAUACCGUAAAGAUGCUGCGAGGCCAGGGUAUGCCUUCGCCCAGACACCACGACUUCGGCAACAUGUACAUACAGUUCUCUGUCAAGUUCCCCGAGCGUGGGUGGACAACCGACGAGGCUUCUUUCGAGGCUUUACGUAAGAUCCUCCCCUCUCCUCCGGUGCAAAACAUCCCUCCAUCAGACGCUAUGACGGAUGAUGUGAGCCUGGAUGACCUAGACAACCAAGGACAGGCGCGAGCAUUCGGAGGUGCUGGUGGUAUGGAAGACGAGGAUGAAGAUGGACACCCUCACGGAGAACGCGUGCAGUGCGCGUCCCAAUAAACAGGUUGUCAAGCGGGAGCUGGCCAGUUCAUUCCCAGGAUGCUUCGACUACACGAAGUUUCAUGAUUCGCAUAAUAUACGAACCCCGUCAGG